GCAGGGACAUUGGAAAGAGCAAGGAGCGGCUGCCUGGGCGAGUUUGUGUGGGGGGCGCAGGCCCGAGUCCGAGCAGAACAUCCUCAUGCAUCGGUGCCUUCGGAAGGACCCCCCUACCCCACCCCUGCUCUGUUGCCCUGAGCUUCCGCCCCCAGGCUCUGGCUCUUGGACACAAGAUGGCCAUUCUUAAAGACUGAGCUCAGGAUCUGUAAAAGGAAAGUUGGGAAAUAGCUGGAUGAACUUGCAUUGAAUUAGGAAUGAUCCUUGGGGUAGGGGACAACUUGUGAAUAGGAAUCCUUUUAUGAACUUCCAAAGAUCACGAUGAGUAGAUAACGGUGCUCCAACUGAUCAUGGCUCCCUGGAAGAGGAGUCGUCAUGGCCUGGGCUUUCUCUGCUGCUUUGGGGGCAAUGACAUCCCUGAGAUCAACCUCCGGGACAACCACCCGCUGCAGUUCCUGGAGUUCUCCAGCCCCAUUCCACCUGCAGAGGAGCUCAAUGCCCGUUUUGCAGAGCUUGUGGAUGAAUUGGAUCUCACGGACAAAAAUAGGGAAGCCAUGUUUGCACUGCCACUGGAGAAGAAAUGGCAGAUCUACUGCAGCAAGAAGAAGGAACAGGAGGACCCCAACAAGUUGGCAACCAGCUGGCCAGAUUAUUACAUUGACCGGAUCAACUCCAUGGCUGCUAUGCAGACUCUGUAUGCCUUUGAUGAAGAGGAAACAGAGAUGAGGAACAAAGUUGUUGAAGACCUGAAGACAGCUCUUCGCACUCAACCCAUGAGAUUUGUGACUCGAUUCAUUGAGUUGGAUGGGUUGACCUGUCUCUUGAACUUCCUUCGGAGUAUGGACCAUGCCACCUGUGAGAGCCGAAUCCAUACAUCCCUCAUUGGCUGCAUCAAGGCAUUGAUGAACAAUUCCCAGGGCCGUGCCCAUGUGUUGGCACAACCUGAGGGCAUUAGUACCAUUGCCCAAAGCUUGCGCACUGAGAACAGCAAAACUAAGGUGGCUGUGCUUGAGAUCCUGGGUGCUGUCUGCCUGGUGCCUGGUGGCCAUAAGAAAGUCCUCCAAGCCAUGUUGCACUACCAGGUGUAUGCUGCUGAGAGGACCCGCUUCCAGACUUUGUUGAAUGAGCUGGACCGAAGCAUGGGGCGCUACCGGGAUGAAGUCAAUCUGAAGACAGCCAUCAUGUCCUUCAUUAACGCUGUCCUCAAUGCUGGUGCUGGAGAGGAUAAUCUGGAGUUUCGGUUACAUCUGAGAUAUGAGUUCCUAAUGUUGGGAAUACAGCCUGUGAUUGACAAACUUCGGAGGCAUGAGAAUGCCAUAUUGGACAGGCAUUUAGACUUCUUUGAGAUGGUCCGGAAUGAGGAUGACUUGGAAUUAGCCAGAAGGUUUGACAUGGUACACAUUGAUACCAAGAGUGCUUCACAGAUGUUCGACCUGAUCCAUAGGAAGCUGAAACACACAGAAGCGUAUCCCUACCUGCUCUCCAUGCUGCAGCACUGUUUACAGCUGCCUUAUAAGCGGAAUGGUGGGAGCAUCCAUCAUUGGCAGCUCCUUGAUCGGAUCCUCCAGCAGAUCGUCCUACAGGAUGAGAGGGGCGUGGACCCUGAUUUGGCACCCCUGGAGAACUUCAACGUCAAAAAUAUCAUCAAGAUGCUAGUCAAUGAAAAUGAAGUGAAUCAAUGGCGAGAUCAGGCCGAGAAAUUCCGAAAAGAGCACGUGGAGUUGGUGAGCCGGCUGGAGCGGAAGGAGAGAGAAUGUGAGACAAAAACCAUAGAGAAGGAUGAGAUGAUGAAGACUCUGAACAAGAUGAAGGACAAGCUGGCCCGAGAGUCUCAGGAGCUACGUCAAGCCCGGGGACAGUUGGCAGAUUUGGUAGCUCAGCUUAGUGAGUUCUCGCCCACUGGUACCGUGUCUUCUCCACCUCCUCCAGGAGGACCCCUCCCCAUCCUCUCCUCCAAGAAUUCCACUGACUUGCCUCCACCCCCACCUCCCCUGCCUUUCUCCUGUAGCCCCCCACCCCCACCCCCACCUCUUCCACCUGGUGGGCCUCCCCCUCCUCCAGGGGCGCCCCCUUGCUUUGGCAUGGGGAUGCCCCCUCCUCUAGCCUCUCUCCCUAGCAGCUGCCCUCCCCUCAGGAAGAAGUGUGUCCCACAGCCUUCCCAUCCUCUGAAGUCUUUCAACUGGGUAAAGUUGAAUGAGGAACGAAUCUCUGAUACUGUGUGGAAUGAGAUUGAUGAUCUUCAAGUAUUUCGCGUCUUGGACCUGGAGGAUUUAGAAAAAAUGUUCUCAGCCUAUCAGAGGCAUCAGGACCUGCUAACUAAUCCCUCCUUUAAGCAGAAAGAAAUGGGCUCCACUGAAGAUCUGUACCUGACCACAAGAAAGGUCAAAGAACUCUCAGUCAUUGAUGGCCGAAGAGCUCAGAACUGCAUCAUCCUCCUUUCCAAGUUGAAGCUUUCAAAUGAGGAAAUACGCCGAGCUGUGCUCAAGAUGGAUGAGGAGGAGGACCUGGCGAAAGACAUGCUGGAGCAGCUUCUCAAGUUCAUCCCUGAGAAGAGUGACAUCGACCUACUGGAGGAGCACAAGCAUGAGAUAGAUCGAAUGGCCCGGGCUGACCGUUUCCUCUAUGAGAUGAGCAGGAUUGAUCAUUACCAGCAGCGUCUACAGGCUCUUUUCUUUAAGAAGAAGUUUCAAGAGAGACUGGCGGAGACCAAGCCUAAGGUAGAAGCCCUCCUGCUGGCCUCCAGGGAACUGACACGCAGCCACCGACUAAAGCGGCUCUUGGAAGUCGUCCUCGCCAUCGGCAACUACAUGAACAAGGGUCAACGAGGAGGAGCUUAUGGCUUCCGAGUCUCCAGCCUCAACAAGAUUGCUGACACCAAGUCCAGUAUUGACAGGAACAUCUCAUUGCUCCAUUAUCUGAUCAUGAUUUUGGAGAAGAACUUCCCUGACAUCCUCAACAUGCCUACCGAGCUUCAGCAUCUCCCAGAAGCUGCCAAAGUCAAUCUGUCUGAGCUGGAAAAGGAAGUAAACAGCAUCAAAAAAGGGCUGAGAGCUGUGGAGGCGGAGCUAGAAUACCAGAAGCAUCAGAAGAGGGAGUCCGGUGAUAAGUUCGUCCCAAUCAUGAGCGACUUCAUCACCGUUGCUAGCUUCAGUUUCUCAGAGCUGGAGGAUCAACUUAAUGAAGCCAGGGACAAGUUUGCCAGGGCACUGAAGCACUUUGGAGAAUCUGAGGGCAAGAUGCAGCCAGACGAGUUUUUUGGCAUCUUCGACACCUUCCUGCAGGCCUUCUCUGAGGCCCGGCAAGAUCUGGAUAGCAUGAGGAGAAAGAAGGAGGAAGAGGAGAGACGGGCUCGAAUGGAAGCCAUGCUGAAGGAACAACGGGAGCGGGAGCGUCGACAAAGAAAGACAGCUGUUGGUGGCAGCAACUUGGAGGAGGGUGGAGAGUUCGAUGACCUGGUGUCUGCUCUGCGCUCAGGUGAAGUCUUUGACAAGGACUUGUCCAAGCUCAAACGAAGCCGCAAGCGGUCAGGGACCCAAACACUCGAAAUAAGCCGGGAGCGGGCAGUGAACAAGCUAAAUUAUUGACUUGGAGACUUUGGAGGCAGAAAAAGAAUGGCUGUGGCUCAAGGAAACUGAGGGAGGGUUAAAAGGGGGCAAAGUAGGGGGUUGCCUAAUUGGGUGCUUAAGCUGGAUUUGGGGCAGUGGUGUGUGGCUGGCCCAAGGAUAUCUGCCUUACUUCUCUAACUACCCUUCUUGCGUCCUGCCUCCCAUUCUGUUGUGGCUGACUCCUGCUCUGAAAGUGUCUCCAGUGAUCUCUAUUGUCACUCUGCCAGAGGUCUGGUGAAUUCCAAGGGAUGCCUAGAAGUUGGGCUGAAGGUCCACAUCCCCACCUGAGUACCUGCAAGUUGGCAUAGCUCUGAGCCCCCACUAAAGGCAAACCAAGAUGUUGAGAUUUCACUGAUGAGGAAAGGUUAGUGGGAGGGGGGCAUUUUCUUUGUAUGGUCUCUGUGAGCUAAAGCACCUAGUCCCUUCAUCCUUGGUACUGACACUCCUUUCUCUUGAAAGAGCAUCUAGGUUAGGGAUGUCUGGCUGCAAAUCUGAAGACAAAAUGUUCACCAUGGAAGAAAGAGAAAAAGGAAGCUGCCACAACACAAACAAGCUUUGUCAAUCUUCUACCCUGAGUGCCUUAGGAUUUCAGAUAUGCUUGUCAAAGAAGUGAGUGGGAUGGAAAGAUGGAUGGAGGGAAGGAUAUGAGUGUGGCCAGUGCAAAACCUAAAACAAACAAACAAAAAGUGAUUCAAGGAACAGGAAGACAAUCUAGAGCGGUCUAGAUUGGUCAUACAAUUGUGGUAUAGAAGAGAUACUCAGUAUUGCUAGAACUGGCUGGGCCCCUCCAUACCUUCAGUGAAACAUUUAUAUUGUAGCCAGUCAGGGCUUGGGCUUAUAUAUGAAGACUGUAUUCCUUACCCCCAGAAUGGAAUCUGGCUUGCUACUGUUCCUUCUUCCUCUCCUUGAAGGGGAAUGAUUUAGGACCAACUGCCUAGGCCCCUUUCCCAAUCCUAUCCCCCACCUCUGGAACACAAACCCUGACUGCCUGCCCUCUCUGGCUCUAACCUACUCCUCACCCUUACCCAGCCCCCCCACACACACCCUUUCAAAUGUACGCACCCACUGACAUUGUCCUGGAGACAUGAAAUCUGUGCACCCUCUGUCAAGAGACUAGAGGAUACCAGCACCUUAGCCAGAGUUUGAUUUUUCCUGCUCUCUUAAAGAAACUUAGUUGCUCACAGCCUCAUUUCUUCUAGACUAUGUCUAACUUCCAAUGUAUGCCUGUCUCAUAAAAGUGGAAGCAGCCAGCCCCUUCUCUGACCUGACCAUCCAGGGAAGGCCUGGAUGGGGGGGGGGAGGGGUGAAGAGCCUCGAAGGAGAAAGUUAACUCUUCCCUCAGUUGAAGACCAAACCAUCGAUGGGGAUGGAUGAGACAAGUCAUUUCUCCACAGCUUGCUAGAGGUGGUCACAUAUUUUAAAGCCGUGCCCUGCAAAUCAGGCCCAAUAUAACCAGUCCAUGUUUACAUAUCUCCAAUGAGGGAUUUACCAUUUAGGACCACUGGGGCCAAGCUCAGAUCUAAAACGAAGGUUGUGGAGUCAAAGAACUGUGAGUGAUGGAAUGCUUGGAGCCCAGAGGUGGGUAUGGCCUCCAGCUCACAAAUCUGUCUCCACUCCCCAGCUGUCAAAAUAGGUAGUUCUGCUUGGAGAACAGGUUGAAUAGGGGGACAGGUUGACAAGACCUGCUAAGAAGCUCCUUCUAGCUCUAGAGAUUCUCCUCCAUGCCCCUCCACCACCAUCAUAACUCUCAUUUUACACUGUCUUUUGGUUAGCUCACUGACACCCUGACCUCUAAUUCUUGCUCCCCAGGAAGACCAGAGGUAUCAUGGGAAGCAGGAAGCUUCCAUUUGCAGUGGAUUUUUUCCCCCUUUAUUUAUCAUGCCCUUCAGCUUUUAAGUGCCUUGGAGUCACCACCAGAUUGUACUCUUUUUUACUUCACAUGUCUUUAACAUUUCUUUUCUCUGACCAACUCUCCCUUCUCAGGGUGGCCUGAUGAGCAGGCCCAGUGUGCAGCUGCCAAUCUUCUGGCUUC